AUGUCCAAAGGAGCCAUUGCUGGCAUAGUUGUUGGAGGAGCUUUUGGAAUUUUACUUUUGGCACUCAUUCUCUAUGUUGUGUUCUAUAGAAGAAAAAAAGUUGCUCAAGUAACCCUUCUACCAGUCCCAGGUGCAUCUGAAGAACAAUGUAGCCAACUCCAACAUGGUUGUGGAAGUAGCUUGGAUAAGGCUUCCGAAUCAACUACUAUUGCUUCUCCGAGGUUGACUGGUAUUACGGUUGAUAAGUCAGUGGAGUUUUCAUAUGAGGAGUUAGCCAAAGCUACUGACGGCUUUAGCGCCGCAAAUAUAAUAGGUCGAGGUGGAUUUGGAUCUGUUUACUAUGCCGAGCUUCGCAACGAGAAAGCUGCAAUAAAAAAGAUGGAUAUGCAAGCAUCAAAAGAAUUCCUAGCCGAACUAAAGGUUCUGACACACGUUCAUCACUUGAAUUUGGUGCGGCUAAUUGGAUAUUGUGUUGAGGGCUCCUUAUUUUUGGUUUAUGAAUACAUUGAGAAUGGAAAUCUAAGUCAACAUUUGCGCGGCACAGGGAAGGAUCCAUUAUCAUGGGCAGCUAGAGUUCAAAUUGCAUUAGACUCAGCAAGAGGACUUGAAUACAUUCACGAGCAUACAGUUCCUGUCUAUAUACAUAGAGAUGUUAAAUCAGCAAACAUUUUGAUAGACAAAAACUUCCGCGGAAAGGUUGCGGAUUUUGGUUUGACAAAAUUGACUGAAUAUGGUAGCUCCUCGUUACAAACACGCCUUGUCGGGACGUUUGGAUAUAUGCCUCCUGAAUAUGCACAAUAUGGUGAAGUUUCUCCCAAAGUAGAUGUAUAUGCUUUUGGAGUUGUUCUGUUUGAGCUUGUAUCUGGGAAGCCGGCUAUUGUGAAGACAAAUGAAACUGAAAACGAGUCAAAGGGACUAGUUGCGCUGUUUGAAGAAGUUAUUGUUCUUCCGGACCCAAAAGAAGAUCUUGGUAAACUCGUUGAUCCUAGGCUUGGAGAAAAUUACCCUAUUGACUCGGUAUUUAAGAUGUGUCGACUUGCGAAAGCUUGUACACAUGAAAAUCCUCAACUGAGGCCAAGCAUGAGAUCAAUUGUAGUUGCUUUAAUGACACUUUCAUCUGCAGCUGAGGAUUGGGAUGUUGGAUCAUUCUAUGAAAACCAAGCAUUAGUGCAUUUAAUGUCUGGGAGGUAG